AUGAGGCGGAAGGAGAAGAGGCUGCUGCAGGUCGCCGGGCUGCUCAUAGCGGCUCUUCUUUUCCUCCCUAACGUCGGGCUGUGGUCUUUGUACCGGGACCGAGUGUUCGACAACUCGCCCGACACACUGGACGGUCCGGGCGGCAUCCCCCUCAUACAGGGUGUUAACCGGGUGGGGAAGGACGCCCAGGUGGGACCUGAUGGCGUGCGGAGGAAAGACUGGCACAACUAUGAAGCGAUCAAAAGAGAUGCAUCUCGAUCCGGUAAUGGUGAACAGGGGAAGCCGUUCCCCCUGACGGACGCUGACCGGGUGGAUCAGGCCUACAGGGAGAACGGCUUCAACAUUUUUGUCAGCGACCGGAUCUCCCUCAACCGCUCCGUCCCAGACAUCCGCCAUCCGAACUGCAAACAGAAGCUGUACGCAGAGAAGCUGCCCAACACCAGCAUCAUCAUCCCGUUCCACAACGAGGGCUGGUCGUCGCUGCUGAGGACCGUUCACAGCGUGCUCAACCGCUCUCCUCCACAGCUCAUAGCAGAGGUCAUCCUGGUCGACGACUUCAGCGACAAAGAGCACCUGAAGGCAGCGCUGGAGGAGUACAUGGUGCGGUUGCCAAAGGUUCGCAUCCUGAGGACCAAGAAGAGGGAGGGGCUGAUCAGGACACGCCUGCUGGGAGCCGGCCUCGCUAAAGGAGAAGUCAUCACCUUCCUGGACUCUCACUGCGAGGCCAACGUCAACUGGCUGCCACCGCUGCUGGAUCGCAUCGCGCAGAACAGAAAGACCAUCGUGUGCCCAAUGAUCGACGUCAUCGACCAUGACAACUUUGGCUAUGAGACGCAGGCGGGGGACGCCAUGCGAGGGGCGUUUGACUGGGAAAUGUACUACAAACGGAUCCCCAUCCCGACCGAGCUGCAGAACAAUGACCCCAGUGAACCCUUCGAGUCACCGGUGAUGGCAGGAGGGCUGUUCGCUGUGGACAGGAAGUGGUUCUGGGAGCUGGGAGGAUAUGACACGGGUCUGGAGAUCUGGGGAGGAGAACAGUACGAGAUCUCCUUCAAGGUGUGGAUGUGUGGUGGUCGGAUGGAGGACAUCCCUUGCUCCAGGGUAGGACACAUCUACAGGAAGUACGUCCCCUACAAAGUUCCUGGAGGGGUGAGCCUGGCCCGGAAUCUGAAGCGCGUGGCGGAGGUGUGGAUGGACGAAUACGCCGAGUACGUCUACCAGCGUCGACCCGAGUAUCGCCACCUGUCAGCAGGAGACAUGACGGCCCAGAAGGAGCUGAGGAACCACCUCAACUGCAAGAACUUCAAGUGGUUCAUGAGCGAGGUGGCCUGGGAUCUGCCCAAACACUACCCGCCGGUGGAGCCUCCUGCUGCAGCGUGGGGAGAGGUUCGUAACGUGGGCAGCGGCAUGUGCAUGGAGAGUAAACACUUUGCAUCAGGGAGUCCCAUCCGCCUGGAGAGCUGUGUGAAGGGCCGGGGCGAUGUGAGCUGGAGCCACGGACAGGUGUUCACAUUCGGCUGGAGAGAGGACAUCCGUGUCGGCGACCCCAUGCACACCAAAAAAGUCUGUUUCGACGCCAUCUCCCACAACAGCCCCGUCACCCUGUACGACUGUCACGGCAUGAAGGGCAACCAGCUGUGGCGCUACAGGAAGGACAAGAGUCUGUAUCACCCGGUCAGUAACAGCUGCAUCGACUGCAGCCCCAACGAGCGGCGGAUCUUCAUGAACACAUGCGACCCGUCUUCUCUCAGCCAGCAGUGGCUGUUUGAGAGAACCAACUCCACCGUGCUGGAUCACUUCAACCAGGGCGCCAACUGAGGCCCCGCAGCAUCCACAGAAAACUCCUGACGCAGGCAGACUGCUGCCGCCGAUGAAAUGGAGUUUUUACAUUUACUCCAGUUCCUCAUUUACCUGCCCCUGAGGUGACAGCUGCCUCUCUUUGGCGGUGAGGCAGGAUGGGAUACCUGCAGGGGAAGUUGGUUAAACACAUCGGUUAGAGGAGAGACUGAUCUCUGAUGGAUGGGUGUGUGUUUUAAAGUGACUGUGUGUGUGAGAUGUAUUUGUUCUGUCAUAGCGUCGCUGUGGCGGACGGUCCGCCUCGCUUCCCUGAUUUUGCUGUUGAUUAGUUAUCUCACACUCCUCUCCUCUCUUUUCUUAUUUCUUUUGUCUCCUUUAAAGUUUAUUUAUUGCCUCUCUUUCUCCCUUUAUCCUCGGUCUCCAUUUCUUUCCCCAUCCUGUCUCUCCUGCUUCGCCUCUCCCUGCACGUCCGUCUCUAUCUGCCUGCAUGACUGCAUCUUUGCCCACCUUCUUCAUUCUCCCUCUCAAAUCCCCUUAUGUCUCUCCAGCUCUGACAUCCUCCCUGGGGGGAGGAGGGGGGAGCGCUCCUACUGAGCCAAAGUCAUCCUGACACCUGGGUGAAGUCAGGCAGAACCACUCUGAAAAUCAACUGGUGAAUUGAUUCUCCUUUACAACCCUCAUCCACCCCGUGUUCACUCCCUCGUGUCUCCUGCUCCCCCACAACAUGUAGUUCCUCCCGGUCCGCUCUCUGUCUCUCUGCUUUGAAUGUAGCCGCAGGAAGUUGACAAAGAGACGCUCCUUUUUUUCCUCUUAUUUUGUACUUUCCUCGUUAUUUGAUGAGUCGUCCGCCGCCACGUUCUUGUGCGGACUAUCUCUUGCUGGCUAAGGGCUUGUUUGUUGUUGUGAUGGUGGUGGUGGUCAUGGUGGUGGCAUGAGUUGCCUCCCAGAGUCUCCCUCUGCUUUCACUGCACCCUUCGCUGCUUCCCAACCGACUCCGCCAAUCAGUCGCCGGAGCGACCUCGUCACACACGGCUGAGCACGGGGUCACAUCAUGGCGCAAAGCAGCGGGCAGCGCCACAAAUACGCCUGGCUGCCCGCCUGCCUGGCUGGAUGGCUGGCUAUGUGACUGGCAGGCUGGCUGAUUCGCAGCAGGGCCACCUGAUUGGCCGGUCACCAAGCUGACACAUCACUUUCAGCGUACAGUGUGAGCAGGAGGAGAGAGACGGAUGGAGGCAGCUCUGGGAUUGAGACAAAUGUGGGGUUUUAAAUGCAUAAAGCACUUGUGUAAUGAUAAACUUGAAUGAAAUCUUAGUGCCUUGUCGAAGAGGACGAGAUGUAAAGUGUGUGUGUGUGUGUGUGUGUGUGUGUGUGUGUGUGUGUGUGUGUGUGUGUGUGUGUGUGUGUGUGUGUGUGUGUGUGUGUGAGGUGCAGCGUGUCCAUCUCAGUGUAGAGGACGUUUCACUUAAUUCUGGACUUUUCUUGAACCCUGAACUGGAGUUGAAGCUGACUUGACCUCGACUCUGGCGAGGACACUGAAGGCACCACUGGUUUCUGCUUUCUAAAUGAACACACAUGUAUCCGCUGGCUGUGAAUAGAGCUAAAGAGACUUUCCACCUUAUUUUUCCUCCUGCCUUGAAAAGUUAACUUUAGCCCUAAGAAGACCUCCGUUCUGUUUAAUCAUGACAUGAUGCUGUUGUGUUGUUUUUCCCACCUGUUCAAUCCAAAGUACUUUCAUGGGAAAAGGGAAUUAUUGUAAUUACUGUGUUUUGAAUCCCGUUUUUGUUUUCUUGUUUUUUUUUGCUUUUUCUUUUUAAUGAAAUGUUCUGUCGUGUUUUGUUUUUGAUCCUGUUGUUCAGCCGAUGUUGAUUUUGUUCGACGUGGUGUUCUGGGAUGUUCUGGGAUGUUCUGGUCUGUCGCCCGCAUCGCUCUCUCUAAUCCGAUUAUGUGAAGUAGAACAAUGUACAGCGUGUGCCGUUUUAAUCAUCACUUCCAGGUGUUGUGCACUGUUCAAUCGGUGUAAAACCAAAAACAAAAUGUCCUCAAACAUACUUCAGUCAAAGUAUUUGGCUGCAAAUCAGGCUAACUUAAUGACAUUAGCAGAAUAAAGCUUGGCAGUUUAUGUUUCUGCAAAUUGUGGAUAUGUGGAAACUCCGUUCUUGUGUUUUACGUGACAACACUGUGCUUAUGUUCUGUUGAUAGGUUCAGGCAAAAAAAUCCGCUUGACAGGGUUUGGAAAAGAUCACGGUUUGGCUUAAAAGACCUGGUUCUGUCUCAUUUGGCAGAAUCAUCAAAUGCCAACAAUUUCUUCUGGUUUUGUAGGAAACUGUUCCAUGUGAUUAUUAGUAUCGAAAACAAACGUGUAAAAGCAAGAAAGAUACAUUUCCAAAUAAAUCUUGAUGAAAGUUGCAGAUUUUAUCAACGCAAAUAUCUCAGUUGAUAGUUUUUAAGGUGAAAUGGAGCAGCAGCUGUGAUCAGUAUUUACCUGAGAAUCCUACUUACAUAAAAGUAAACAUUUCAUGUUAAAAUGUUAUUUUGGUAAAACUGAAAGUCACCAAUACAAAUAGAAUUGAAAGUUUCUGAUAUUAAAUGUGGUGAAGUAAUUUUCCAAGGUGUAUUUUCAGCAUCAAAAAUUGAUGUGAAUUAGGAAUACAUGUAUGUAUCAGCAGUUUACUAACGUUCAACUGAUUUUCAGCCUAAAAAAUAAAAUACAUUUGUUAGAAAAUGCACAGCAGUUAAAUCAGCCAAAUUGUCAUCAGUCAGCAGGACGUCACCUUCAGACUGAAAACUGAAAUCUGUCAGUCUGUUUUUUGGACUUGGAAACUGGCUCAACCAUUAUUGUGUUUGCUUUUUAUAAAGUCAUGAUAUCCCUGAGAUAUUUCAGCCUAUUGUCUGCUUUGGAUAUUUUAUCUGCUGCAGAGGAAACGUCAGAAGUUUGAAUUGAGAACCAAAGUCACAGAUAAUUAACAGUAUAUGCAUAACUUCCCAUGCAACACGUGUCAUCUUUCAUCAUUUGUGUUGAAGUUUGAAAAUCCUCUUGUUGUAAUCAGUCCUGUCACCUGUCUCAGUGUGUGGAGUCGGCCCUGACCUUUGACCCCCACGCCUGGACGACUUGUCCUCUGUCAGAUUGUUAAGAGUUGAGCAGGAGUUGCUGCUUCAGACCACAGAGUCACUGCAGUGGCAGAGUCUCCACUACAGGACCAAACCAAACACCCGUCUGAGCGUUUUACACCGUGGUGACGCCACAGUACCAGUGUUCUCACGUGAACACAACUCUGUUCGGAUCAGAAGAACAACCUGCGCUGUUCAAUCAUGUCACUUUAUUGUGAAGGACUGUUUAAUACCAACACUGUACUGAGGGACAAAGCUGUGCAAAGAGCCGGAUACACAUGGCAACAUCUUGGGCUACUUGUCUUUUUCCUUUUUCCACAUCAGAACAAACUAUCUGGUUUGUCUGAGUCCACCAAGCUCGUCUCACAGAGCGGCCGCAGUGUCUCGUACAGUAAAUACUUGACUGACUUGAUUCACGGCGGCUAAACUCUUGAUAACAGAGGAAGGUUUUUAGUUUAUUUUUUUUAUUUUUUAUUUUUUCCCUCAGUCCCUUCUUAUUCAAUCAAGUUUAAUCAAAAUAAACAUUUAAAUCUGCUCUAUCUGCAUCAAUUGUACUCACUCAGAUUCCAGCCACCUAAAUAUAUGUUGUUGUUUUUUGUUUUUUUUUCCCCCAUCAAGGUCUACAAAUUAUUCUCUGAAAAAUUACGAGAAUAAAACAGUUUGAGAAGAAAUACAUUCCUGGAUCUGUUCCUUUAUCCUGAUCCACACCAAAAGUAAUAGGAUCUGUUCUCAUCCUCAAUCCGAGUUCUGUAGAAAUCCGUUCAGUAGUCUGUGUGAUCCUGCCGACAAACAAAAACAGACGGGGGCAAAAACACAACUUCAAAUUUAGUUUAAUAUUGCUGAUGUGAGCCGCAACAGCGAUAGAAUGAAAGCAGGUCAGGUUUGUGUCCAUCAGUGGAGCUCUUCUGCCUCCAAGUGGCCAAAAAAUAUCAGUCAAUGCAGCUGGAGGAAGUAGCUCACCAAGUAGUAUUUAGCAUUCAGUCUCUGGUUUGACAACAUGGCCGCCCCCGACUUGUUCUUCCAGCUGGUGCUCAGGCUGCCUGCAUCUGAGAAACGAGGGUGAUGUUGAUACAGGACUGUUCUGUGGGACAGAUCCAGGCCAGCUGAAGCAAACGAGACGACACAUCCUCGUACCUAAAUGAUCGAGUUGUUCCCAACACGUCUACUGCAGUUGGUCAGGUUUAUGAAACAUUGUGGUGUAUCGCUACGUUACUUCGAAGUCAAAGUGUUUACGAACGUUCGUGGUCAUUUACAGCGUCAUUAACCUGAGCUGUAGAAACAGGACUUCAGGGUUGUUCUCCUGAAAUUAGCCGAGUAUUGCCCAAGAUGUUGCUGACUGUAUCCACUGGAGUGAACUCUUAACCGAGAAAGGGUGAACGUAUAAUAUUGUACCUUUUACUGUUGCACAUCAAACUGUAACUUAGGUCGAGUUUUUGAAUCUUAAGGUGACAUUUUACAUUUGAGUUUAUUCAGCUGUUAAUCUACUGUGGUAGAGUGAAAUCCCUAACGACUGUGUAUCCACUCAUGGAAAAAUCAUUUAACAGCAGAAAAUCUCUUGACUUCAAGCUACUUUUCCACGGUUUGUGGGAUAAGAUUAGAUAAACGUACAGCCCUUUUUUUUUUUUCGUUGUGAUGAUUCUUCCCCAUGUUGUUGUUGGUCAGACUAAAAAUUUGUUGAGCAAUGUAAAGAAAUCUCAUUUUAUAAGAGCAAAAAGGUUUUUAAUGUCCACGGCCGGCGUCGGGCCAGUCACACACAUGUUGUGUACGUGUGUGUGUGUGUGUGUGUGAGUUUUGUCGUGUAGGGACGUGUACAUUUUGUAUCUCAUGAGAAAAUAUCCGAUAUUUUUUUCUACUGACAUUGCAACUGUAAAAGUGUAUUUAGAUAUUUAACAAACUGUACAAUUUAACUGGAAUUGUAUGAUAUUUUUGCUGAAAUUGUAAAAUAAAAAGGUUUCUAUAUUUGGAGGAAAAAAAAA